UUUGUUUCAAAAUGGCUGAGAUAGGUGGAAAAUUCAACUUUUGAAAGGACUCCAUUUCCAAUGAACGAGCGUAACAAAUACUAGUAAAGGUGCAUGACAUACUCAGACUAUGUCCUAUGCAGCCAUUCCUCCCAUGCCCUUGGCUCAUGACUCCCCACCGCAGCAGACUUUGGAUGUCUUAUCACAACGUCUUCAAGCUGCAGAGGAGGAUGCCAAGGGGUUGGUCUCUGUUCUGAGAGAAAUGGGAAUGAAUCCAAAUCCAAACAGAGACCACAGGGGGGAGAGGGUGUCACCUUACACCCCGAGGAUGGCAGAUCCUGAUAUAUUGCACAGAAAUUAUGAAACACUUGUAAGCAGGGUUUGCAAGUUAGAGAGCAUCAUUCAGUCCUUGAGGUUGAACAUCUGCACCCUGCAGGCAGAGGUUGAUUUGAGGAAGAAGGAGACCAUUGUCACAGAGGAGAAGCUAGCUCAGUUAAAUGAAGUGAAUGAACGGGAAUUGAAAAAACUUAACAGGGACUUGGGGAGAUGUCGCAAGGAACUAAAAGAAGAUAAGGAGGCCAGACUGCAGGCAGAGGAAGAAGUGAGGAGGUUGCAGGAGGCACUGGAGGUAGCUACCAGCACAAGGGCUGACACAGCUAAUAAAGUGGAAGAUCUCAAGUCCACAAAACAGAAGCUCUCCAGGCAGCUGGCUGGACUGAGAGAAGAGCUUGCAAGGGAGCAGAAUCUCCGCUCCAGUCUGGAGGAAUCCCACAAUACACUGCUCAGCAGGAUACACCAGUUAGAGGAAGUGGUGGAAGCUGAGAGGGGUGAAGUGAAAACCCUGUCCACAGACUGCUCAGUACUGAGACAGGAUGGAGCCAGGGCGCGUCAACGUGCACAGGAGGACCACCAAGCUAGAAUACAGCUAGAGGAGCAGCUUAAACUAUACAGCAUUGAAUUAGAAAGUAAAAAAGCUAAAAUUCAGGCACUUGAAAAUGAGAAAGGGCUGAUGGUUGGAGAGAUGGAGAAGAUUAAGAUUGGCUAUGCAGACCUGAACAAACAACUGGAGGGCAUGCAGCAGCUAUUUGAUGACCACAGGGAUACCCACAUACAGCUAGAACAAGAGAACAGUCAGCUGCACAAAGCUUUAAUUUCGGCUUCAGAGGAAGCAGCCAACCUCAGGGAGCAGUUUGAACAGCAGAUACAGACGGAGAGAGAAGAGUGGGAAGAAAAGUUUAAAGACCAGUCAGAAGUGGUAUUUGUUAAAGAAGAACUGCGGAAGGAGAGGAAAGAAAAGGAGGAGUUGGAGGGAAGAAAUGAGCAGCUUCGAAAUCAGAACAAAGAACUGAAAAAUGAUCUGGACCAGCAGGCUAAGAUAGCAGAAGAAGAAAUGAAGAAGCUUCAAGGAAAAAUGGAGAAUCUACAGAAGACAUUAGACAGCUUGGAAAACGAGAAAGAUGGUGUGUUAAAAGAUAAGGAAAAUUUGUUGGAAGAGGUCAACCAGGCAGUGGAUGGGAUGGCUGAGGAGAGGACCAGACUGCAGGCAGAGCUACAACAGGCUCACCUAGAAAUCAAGACACUAACACAGGCCAGCCAUCAGCUGGAGCAAGAGAACACCAGGCUGAUGGAGAGAAUGGGGGCAGUGGAACAACAACAGCAAGCCCAGCACCAAGUGGACCAUGUUAUUGCAGAGAUGACGGAGCAGAAGAACAAGCUGGCCUACGAGAAGGGAAAGCUGCAGUCCAAACUGGAGCAGCUGCAGAGAGACAUGGAGAGCUUGUCUGGCUCCAAGGCUGAGCUGGCGCAGCUCAGGAAGAUUAACCAGGCUCUGGAGGGAAAAUAUACCAAGGCACAGAAUGACCUGGGCAAUUGCAAAAUCAGCCUCCAGAGACUAGAGAGUCAGCUGAAGCAGGUGUCUGCUGUGGGCCAGAGGAAGGAGGAGGACUUUGCUCUCGCCAUCCAGGCCAGGGAUGAGGCCAUGAAGGAGACACAGAGACUGGCGGCACAUAUACAGGCACUGGAGGAAAGGGAGAGACAGAAGGGCUACAGCUUCCAGCAGAGCCUCUCUGAUGCCAAGGAAGACAACAAGAAGAUUGCAGCAACCCUGGAGAGUGUGGUGGCCUCCCACUCUCAGUUACAGAGAGCCAUGGAGCACCUGCAGACAGAACUCGGCAAGAAAGAUACACAAAUUGUGCAACUCCGGAAAGAAAGGUCCCAGGUCCAGCAGGCCAUGCAUGGGAUGCAGAAAGAGGUGGAGACACUUCAAGCCAGGCUUAUUGCCAUGGAAACACUUGAGUCCAAUGAGAUUGGUCCACUGAGAGAGGCUCUGGAGAAGUGUAAGAAUGAUAAUAUCAAGAUGGCAAACUCCUUGGAUGGCUUACUCUCAUCAAACGGAAAGCUUCAGUCUACUGUGGAGAGGUUGCAGAAUGAGGUGGAGAAAAAGAAUUAUCUGAUGGAACAAUUGAAGGAAGCCAGGGGUCAGGAGUUGGAAGAGAGAAAACAGGAGGUGCAGAGUUAUGAAGAACGCCUGGAUAACAUGAGACAACAGUUGAGACAGGAGAGGGACAAAGCUGUGAAGAAAACCAACAAAGAUAUAACAGAGGUAAGGAAGCAAAACGAGGAGCUAGUCAGCAAGAACGGUGAGCUGUCGCGCGCUAACCACGAGCUGAGGCACCGAGCGACGGAACUGGAGCACCAGGUGAAGGAACAGAAGGAGAAGAUCUCCAGGCACCGCAGCCAGAUAGAGCACCUGCAUAAACUGAGACAGGAACAGGAGGAGACCAUCAGCAAACUCAGGGUUAUAGCAGAUGAAGUAAAAGAACUAGAAAGGAUGAGAGAUGAAUAUGCGAAGAAAAAUGAAGAACAGGUCAAUGUAGUCCAGAGUUUCAUGUCCCAGAUAGCCUCACUUCAGGCGGAGAUCCGGGGUCUCUCUGAGGCUCAGCUGGAGACCAGCCAGGUACUGGAGGACCAGGAGUACAAGCUCCAGUCAGAGAGAAAGCAGAGAGAGGAACUACAUAGGAAAUACAGGGAAGCUCGGAAAAGGGAACAAGAACUUGAAGAACUGCGAAGGAAGACUGAAGAGAAACUGAUGGAGGCCAACGACGAGUCUAUGCAGAUAUCGCACAGCCUGCAGGAUGCUCAUGAGUGGUUCAAGUCCAAGUUUGAGAAGCUGCAAUCUGAACUUGUGAAGUCCAGGCAAUCUCAGGCCCAGAUGGAGCAGGCGGCCUUAGAACAGAGAAUGAUGGUGGAAGAGGAGAGGCAGAGGGCACAGGAGAUUGCUGAGGAGGCUAGAAGGAUGUUGAAGGCCAGCAGGCAGACAGUGACCAAGCUGGCCGACUAUGCCGAGAUGGGGCAGCAGGAGACCAGGCAGGCCCUGGGCACCAUGCAGGCACAACUCCAGGCAGAGAGGGACCAUGCCAGAUACAUGGGCAGGAAAUAUAACCAGCUGAAGGAGUCCAGCAGCAGGCAGGUGGAAGAUCUAGUCAGGGAAUUCGACUCUGUGCAAUCUCGAUCUCACCCACCAACGUGGACACCAUAUGGCAGCUAGCAGGACCUGUUAUAUAUAUGGCUGCACACACAACCAAGUUGAUCUAUGGACUAACUAGUUCACGGAUCAAAUAUGGUGCGCCCUAGCCAAUACAUUCUUGCUUUCAACUCGCGCCGUCCCAGCAGGUUAGAACAAUUCAAUCUCGCCAUGUUUUUCCAGUGGGUCACGCCAUAUUUGAUCAGCGGAUAAGUUGGCCAGCAGAUCAACUGGUUGUGAAUACUCCCCAUAUGAGAGAAAAAGAGAACACCUGUAGCAGAUUCAGGUUGCAUAAAGAUAUUGCCUGCCCUAGGAAUAUCCAGAGUGUGGUCACAGACUGGAAUGUUAUCCUAGGCAGGGGAUUGCAGCAUUCACCAGUCAGGUUAAAGAGACAUCCCAUUGUGCCAUAAACAUUUAGAAGCCAUUCAGAACAGAAGAUCCGAGGAUCUACUGAUCCAUGGUUCAAAUAUGGUGGACUCUACACAAAAGAAGAGGCAACUAAUCUGCUGAUGGUCUCCCCAUCUCCAUGUGCACCAAUAAAACAGAUUAAAUAUUGGC